ACCAUUGCCUGCAUUCCCAGAACUGUGGUGAUUUCUUUCCUGUAAUCCUGUGAACAGUACUGGUAGUGCUAUGGUCGCGUUAAUGCUGCUACUGUUGAGUCUGCAGUGUUUCAACCAAGCAGCAACAGAAGCAGAGAAUAAGGGAUUGCUUUUGGACCUGAUCAGUGAUAUAGCUGAAGGUAUCAUAGCAGCAGUUAAUGAGACGGACAGCGAGUACGAAGAGGAAUCUUAUGGUGAUAUUACCGAAUUAAACCUAGACUGGCUGUUUGGCCUUUUUGAUGAAAUAGAUGAGUGUGAUCCAAAUCCCUGUUACAACAAUGGUACAUGUAAGAAUGAUGGUCAAGGUGACUUCAAAUGCAGUUGCCCUUUUCCCUUUAAGGGCAAAAGAUGUCAAGAUGUUAUAAAUGUGUGUAAGAAUGUCAAAUGCGGCCGUGGUGAGUGCGUCCGUAUUGAGAACAAACCCUUUUAUGAGUGCAAGUGUAUCGCCCCCUUCCAGCCUCCCAACUGCAGGAGAUCCUCAGCCUGUAAUCCCAGUCCCUGUCUGAAUGGUGGAACGUGUGUUAAGGGUCGUACAAGAGCUAAAUUCCACUGCAAGUGUCCUGAAAACUACAGUGGAAAGUUCUGCCAAGUUGGUCCUAAUGACUGUUAUGAGGGAGACGGGUCAUCAUACAGAGGUUUCGUCAGUGAAACAGUGUCUGGAGAGGACUGUCUGCCUUGGAAUUCAUACGUAAUAAUGCAGUUUGGUCCUUUCGGUGAUGAUGAUGAUGAUGAUGUAGAAGAUGAUGGAAUAGGACCUCAUAACUAUUGCAGGAACCCAGAUGGAGAGAGCCAGCCUUGGUGCUUUGUAAGACACAAAAACAAGUUGCGUUGGAAUGACUGUAAUGUCACACGCUGCCCUGAACCAGUUUCUUCAACUGAGUUAACAAGUGUUGGAGAGGCAAAGCCUACUAUAAAGGUGGAGUUCUCUGAGUGUGGCAAGCCAUGGCCAAGUAGGAUCACACCUAGGAUCUUUGGUGGGAGGAAGUCUAUGCCUGGAGCUCAUCCCUGGCAAGCUUCUUUGCAGAUACGCCUCAGAAAUACCACUGAUGGCUUCAGUCACUAUUGUGGGGGAAUCCUCCUUAACUCGUGCUGGGUCCUCACUGCUGCUCACUGCAUUGACAACACAGUAGAGAUGCAGGUGGGUCUGGGUGGGGUGGACCUGGAGAAGCAUGAGGCAGCAGAUCAGACUGUGGAGGUUGAAGAUUAUAUCAUGCAUGAGAACUACACAGAAACUGAUGAGGCCUUACACAAUGACAUAGCCCUGCUCAAACUGAAGGCUGUGUCUGAAGAUGGACUUUGUGCCAGAGAAACCAGGUUUGUUAAAGCUGCCUGUCUGCCCCCUGGCCAUUUUCCUGAUGGGAUGAAAUGCUCUAUAUCAGGCUAUGGUGUCACUGAGAAAGAUGAGAGUGGUUCCAGGCAGUUGCUGGACACAAAAGUCCUUCUGAUCAACCAGAGCCGCUGCAUGGCUCCUGAGAUUCUUGGUGAAGUGUUGGAUGACAGCAUGCUCUGUGCUGGACGAAUGCAAGGAGGGGUUGACACCUGCCAGGGAGACUCUGGGGGCCCUCUUGUCUGUAAACAGAAUGACACACAUUAUAUCUAUGGAGUGGUGAGCUGGGGUGAUGGCUGUGGCAAGAAGAAUAAACCUGGCGUUUAUGCCCGUGUCACACACUUUAUUGACUGGAUCAAUGAAAAGAUGCGCUCCAUAUAGAGUUGCACUACACAUUACAGGCAUGCAUUAUUGAUUUGUUUUUUAACAAAAGGACAUCAGCCAGUUUUUAAAAACCUUUAUUCUUGGAUCCCAUAGGCAUUCGUCAUACAUCAAGCAUGUACUCUUAAUUGAGCUUAUAUCUAUAGCUAUUGGCAUACUCAAAAAACUGAACCUGCCAGGCAUAAAGUAUACUGUAUCAAACAUCUCUUAAAUAUACUGCAACUAUUCUGUAAUUAGCAGUCUAAAAUAAUAAUUGUCCACCAGUGACACACAAAACUGUUAUGCUACCAUUAAAUAAAGUUUUGCAGCUAUUUCAAAAUAAGGGAUUUUUCCUCAAAUAAA